AUGAAUGGCGUUGCCAUGGGCUUGCCUCUGGGACCUCUUUUGGCUGACAUAUUCAUGGGCGAGAUAAAGAAUUUUCAACUAAGCGAUCGGAUCCACAAGUUAAAGCACUACGGUCGCUACGUUGAUGCUAUCUUUGUGAUCGCCACAACCGAAACCGACAGAGACGCACUCUUAAACGCGGUCAGUCAAGCACACCCUUUCAUAAUGUUCACGUUGGAGAUGAAACCAGCAGUUUCGCUCCUUUUCCUGGACGUCCUCCUAAGUCGUAGACCUGACGGUAGCAUCCAAAUGAGCGUUUUUAGAAAGAAAACCUGGUCUGGACAAUAUACGAACUUUAAGAGUUUCGUACCCCUCCAACAGAAGCGAAAUCCAGUUCGCUGUUUAACGCAAAGACCUAGAAAAUUUUUCUCAACCGACAGUAUUGAGGAGGAGCUCAAGAAAAUUCAGAACCUACUUCGCGAGAACGGGUAUGCUGAGGGACUUAUUGCAACGAAUAUGUCUGCGAACCAAAUAAAACCCACCAUAUAUUACUGCGGAAAAGAAAAUUAUUCUUCAAAGUCCCUAUUCGAGGGGACGCGGCAAGUGAACCGCUAUAAAGACGCCUUGACCAAGCCGCUGCAAGAACUUUCCCAGCAGCGAGAGUUCGGGUAUUGCCAAAACAAGCGAACAUGCGUGUCCCAGGAAGCAAAUGAGAAGAAGGAGAAGAAGACUCGAUCGCUGGGACAAUAUUGA